AUGACGAGUCGGGUUUUGUGGCUCUGCCUGUUUGUGGCAAUAGUUCCAAUAAUGGCCCAGCCAUCGGAUGAGAACGACCCUUUCGCCGAUGACUUGACCUCGGAGUACGCCAAGCGAAUCAUCCAUCAAGCGAAAGUGGCCGACAUCAAGGCCAUGAUGAGACCGGAGAUAUCACCCUGCGAUGACUUCUACACCCAUGCCUGCGGGAACUGGCAUCGCCAUAAUCCAGCCCAACUAUAUGGUGACAUCCAAACAAGUACGUUCCAACGAAUAUCAAAAGGAUUUGACCGGCGCUGGUUGCGCUUGAUACGUUCCAACGAGCCGAAAAGCGAGCUGGAGAAAAAGAUACAGCACUUCUAUCAGUCCUGUAAUUUGGUAGAUCGCAAUGACGUCCACUACAAACUGGCUCUGGAGAACGUUAUUCAGGAGUACGGGGCACUGCCUGCUUUGAUUGGUGCCCAAUGGAACUCCUCCAAUUUCAGCUGGUGGCGAACGGUGGCCCAGAUUCAGCAAAAGUACGGUAAAGAAAUCAUCCUGGCCUUGGAAAUAACUCCGGAUACUCAGAACAAUUCGAAAAAAUUCGUAUACCUAAAAGCAAAUACUAAUUUCUCGGAUUCGCCAGUGACUGCCAGUGAUCUGCAGCAAUACUUCGGUCUAAGUGCAUCAGUGGCGAGGCAAACUGCCCAGGAGCUUAGCGAUUUGAAAAAAAGCCUGGCAAGCGGUGUCCACGGCACAGGCUCUUUGAACUUUCUGGACGAACUUCAAGAGAAGUAUAGCAACUACCUGAACUUCACUGAAUUUCUGAGUCUGAUUCUCGGCGAGGAGAACAUCCCGGACCUCCUAUGCCUUCCUGAUGAAGAGUUUAUCAACAAUGUGCUUCUCACAAUGCACAGCACACCGUCGGCUACACAGGCAAACUUUAUAAUGUUGACUUUGCUUGAGGAGUAUCUGAUAGACGCCAAAGCCGGCGACAUGUCCACGUGGUGCACCGAAAACACUAAAAAGUACUUUUCCCAGGUUGCCGAACAUGCAGUAUACGAGAGGUACCGCAGCGCGGCCGCAGAGUCGGAAGUUUUCAAUAUCUGGGAGCAGAUCAGAGGCCUCUUCCGACAGCAGCUGAUGGGCGACAAAUUUAACUGGAUAUCUAAUGCCACUAGAACGCUGGCCAUCGUGAAGUUAGACCGCAUGCAGCUGCACAUAAACUCCUACGACACGGAGAAUAUCGAGGAGAUUUUUGGUGCGGUGACUAUUGAUCGAACUAACUACGUAAAGAACGUUCAGAAGUUGCUCAUUGCCAAGAUCAGCAGAUCGCGGAUCAACGAGCCGAUAAAGGAUUUUAGCUAUGUACCCUUUUAUAAUAAUGCGGAGAACAACAUAACGAUUCCGGUGGCUCAGCUGCAGCCCCGAUAUUUGUGGGGGGACCAGUAUCCGGAGGCCCUUAAAUACGCCACUUUGGGCUACGUGAUCGCCCACGAGAUGCUCCACGGCUUCGAUGACAGUGCAAAAGAAUACGAUGCUGCUGCUAGCAAGGCACCGUGGUGGGACACCAAGUCGCGAUAUGAGUUCGAUAAGCGGCGCAAGUGCUUUCAGGCGCAGUACCACAAAUACCAGUACGGCGGAUUGCCACUCCCGAACAGGGAGAAGCAGUCGGAAAACAUCGCAGACAAUGGAGGCGUUAAGUUGGCCUAUGCCGCCUAUCAGCUCUGGCUGGGAAAGCAGACGGAGGAAGUGCGUCAACGAGAGACCAUGGAGGGUCUGUCCCUUAAUGGCCGCCAGCUGUUCUUUGUGGGAUACGCUCAGUUGUUGUGCGAUGAUGUCCAGUCGCUCUUUAAGACCGGCAUAGCUAAGACCGACAGCCACGCACCAAGCAAGUACCGGGUAAUUGGCUCACUGUCCAACUUCCAAGAGUUCUCCUGGGUCUUUAACUGCUCCCAGUCGGCGCUUAUGAAUCCGGAGUACAAGUGUGCAAUCUACUGAAGAACUCUGUACUUUAACUUAAAUCCUGUAAGCUCGACUUAUAAGUUUUAAAUACGAUUGAAUUUAUAACUAUAGGUGAAGUAUG